AUGUCUUAUCAUUGCUCCCAAUGUUCAGGAGGAGGAAGAGGUUCACCCGAUGCCAAACGAAUGGCCGCUUUCAACGAUCCAAUCGGGGCUCAGUUGGCGGCUAUGAAGCAGCAGACCUUCAAUAAGCCGAAUAAGAAUCAGAGAUAUUUCGACGGAAUUGUGAUGAACGGGGAGAAGACCCUGGAUAUGAUGGUUCCCGGGAGUAAAGUGGGAUACGUUAUCGGAAAGGGCGGCGAAAUGAUCCGCAAUCUGCAGGAGAGGGCCGGCGUCCGCAUGACUGUCUUCCAGGAGACCAAUGAGCCGACGGAUGUGGACAAACAGUUGCGAAUCGUGGGUCCGCCCGAUAAAGUGGAUUACGCGCGACAACUGGUGAACGAUCUCUUGACGGAGAAGGAGAUCGAAACGGUGCGCCUGAAGACCAACUCAUUCAAUAAGACCAACGAAUACGGCACUCAGCGCCAGAACAACGUGGAGGUGCCGGUGCCGCCCCAGUAUAUCGGACUCGUGAUCGGAAAGGGAGGCGAAACCAUUCGGCGGAUACAACAGGAGAGCGGAUGUAAAGUACAGUUCGAUACGACGAAAGUGGACUCCAGUGGCAAUAAGGUGUGCCAGAUAUCAGGCAAUCCCGACGCUGUCAAACGGGCCGUCGAUAUGGUGAACGAAAUUGUGGAAAACGCGAUGCAAGGACGCGGUCCUCCCAAACACAGGGAUGGCGAUGAAGUCCGGUUCGGUAUACCGGCCCACAGGACAGGCGCUGUUAUCGGCAGAGGAGGCGAUACUAUAAAGGGAUUGAAACAACAGUCGGGUUGUGAUAUCGAGUUGGAGAAAGUGACCCGAAAUGGAGAUCCCGAUCAGAAGUACUUCUUAAUCCGCGGACCGCCCGAUAAGAUAGAGUACGCGCAGGCAUUGAUCAUGGAUAAGGUGAACGGCACCUCCAAUGCACAACCAAACUCGUCAUACAAUGAUAAUCAGUCGUCACACCAAUGGCCCCAAUAUUGGGAACAAUCGCAACCACAACAGGCGGAAGAAAGCAAAAGCCAGGACGCGAACUACGCCGCGUGGGCCGCCUAUUACGCCCAAUACUACGCUCAGUCCCAACAACAAGCAGCCACUCCCACCACCGCAGCCCCCGCCGGCUUCGGGUCCAACGCUAAUGGUAGCGGCGCUGAUGGUUCGGCCGCUGGUCAGCCGGGAGAUCCAUCUCAAGGGGGCGCCAAUCAGGAGGCGUUAUACAAACAGUGGGCUGAAUACUACAGGGCUUACGGCAUGAUUAAAGAGGCGGAACAGAUCGAGCAGAUGAUGAAAGGCGGACCGACACAGCCGGGAGACGACAAGUCGGGGGCCGAGCACUCGGGCGUCAAGAAUGAGCCAGGCAAUCCCUCCGCAGUGGCAUACCCCGGAUAUAAUUAUGCCAAUUAUCCGUCAAACCCAUCGCAGCAUAACUCGCAAUGAUUUAUCGUGAAUUAUGUGAUGCCAUGUAUUUUGAAAUUCAAUAUUACUCUCCAUUUUAUCAUUUGAUGAUAACUUUCACAUCACAAAUAGUCUCAUCACCUCUUAAGCCGACCACACGAUCUCUAUCUGCUAUUAUGUCUGUCUUUAGUCGCUUCCAAGGAUUGCGUCGCCGCGUCAUGGGUUUGGGAGCGUGUCAUCACUUUUAUAAUUUAAUAAUUGGUAGUAUUUGUUAACAAAUUGCUUCAAAACUAAAUCUCAUUAAUGAAAACGAGUUUUUUAUAUUAUUAUAAUGAUUACCAUAUAUUAUAUGACUUUUAAUGUGUUUCUUAUUUUGAAAACAAAAUUUGCUUUAUUUGUACAAAUAUUUAUUAUUUAGGAUUUUUGAUUGAAACAAAAAAUUUUCUCUUAAGAGCAUGUCUUUUGUCCAAAAACGACAAUUCAAUGGUCGGGUAAGAUAUCUGAUCUGCCAUUCCUUUUCAUUCAAACAUAAUUACCGUAUAUUUAUGUUAUGACUAAUUUUUAUUACCUAUUGACAUCU